AACAACGAGUGUUAUCUAUCCCUUUCUCCUUCCUCAUCUUCUUCUCUACCCACUUCCCAAAAUUGAAUCUUUUCUGUGGAACUAUGGCCACUUCCACCUUCCUUUCCUCUGUAACAUUUGGAUCCUCCACCUUCUCACACAAACCUCUUCAUUCUACCUUUCUUCAUUCUUCCACAAUUUUCAUUCUUCCCAAGAAAUUUAGAAAACCCCAUCAAUUCAGAAGCCUUAUAGUUGCCAAAUCCAAUGGAAAUGACACUGCUGAUGUUCCUGAUCGCUUGAUUUCAGCCCUUUGUUACUUCUACCCCUUUUUUGAUGGCAUACAAUAUGGAAAGUAUGUUAUCACUCAGUUCUACCCUGUUCAAGCCAUUGUUCAACCUUUGGUUCCUGCUAUACGAGUGUUCAAGAGCUUCCCCUUAAAUGGGUUUCUUGUGUUUUUGACCCUUUACUUUGUUGUUGUUAGAAACCCCAAUUUUAGUAGAUAUGUCAGGUUCAAUACAAUGCAAGCAAUUGUGCUUGAUGUGCUCUUGAUUUUCCCUGACCUAUUGGAAAGAGGGUUUAAUCCCAGAAGUGGGUUGGGAUUGGAUUUGAUGAUGAGUUUGGAUAGCACUGUGUUCUUGUUCCUUUUGGUGUGCUUGAUUUAUGGUUCUUCUUCUUGCUUGCUGGGUCAACUCCCCAGGUUGCCCAUUGUAGCUGAUGCCGCUGAUAGGCAAGUUCUUUGAAUCCUGUACCCAUUGAUGAUUUACUUGUAUAGGAAAAUAACUUUUGUUCAACUUCAGCAUAGUAGUGGAAAAGUUUGCAUUUUCACUUAGUAGCAAUCUUAGAAAUUUUCUGCAAAACAGAUUUUAGUUCUCUCUUGCUUUGCUGGAUUUUAGUAUGUCUUUAAAAAUCAGGAUUGAAUUCUUGUAAGACGAAGAGAAAGAGGAACCUCCCUUUCUUCAUUGGUAAUUGAAUUCAAUGUUAUAUAUAUCUGGAAUUACUGAAUGGUUAUGGUUUUUGAGUUGUCAUAUCUUGGCUAUUUUACAUAUCCAUGGAAAGGAUAAUGUAGUUAGUAUUUGAUGGCGAGUCUGAUAUUCUUUUUGCUCUUUGUAUGUUAGUCAAUCAGUUACACUCUAUCUAUCUUCUCUUCUUAGUUCUUACAUCGUUGGUUUUUAGUUUGACCUAUUCCUGGGAGAUCAAAUGAUGUUUUUCUUUGACAGUUUAGUUAUGCAUAAGUAGAAGAGGAAGCAGAUAGAAGUAAUUUCCUAUUGUUAUAAUCUUUACUGUAAAUAUCUCUUUCCAUUUGGUAUUCUGAGUUGGUACACUUCUCUACCUAUGAUGGAGGCAACAGCAAGAAAAUCAAUAGCUGAAUGCAUAAGCAUCAUGCAGUUGAGGAUAGUAUUAAUGUCAAUUUUCUCUGCUAUUGCUGGAGGCCUUGAAUCAAAAUGUACUCUUGGGUACUUAAUGGACAAGGGAAAGUUAAUUAAUUUAGAGGCGGGGGGAUCCUUAUGUUAGAUCUUAAAGCGUUUAGUUAGUUUCUCAACACUGUUUGAUUAAUAAUAUAUUUGUUUAUGACUUAAAUACAUGUAUAAUGGUCAUGAUAGGGUGUGAUCAGGAGUUGAAAGUGCAAGUGGUAAGUAUUCUUGAAAUAUGCAUGACAUGAAUUGGUAAAUAGUUAUUGCAAGCUUUGCUGAGGGGAGAUACAAGAUAUUGUGUCAAUGGUCAAAGUUCGUUGGACUGGGAUAAUUCUAACGGUGUUUUAUCAAUCUUCACUUAGCAUUGAAAGUUGUUUGAUACAGUAUAGUUUCUGAUGUGUGGAUGUAACGGUCCGCGUCUCUUCCCAAGUUGUGUCUUUGAUGGACAUCGUGACUGAAAUGAGGUUUACAUGAAUUUAACCAUGUCUUUGAUGGUCAAAAUACCACAAAAAGGGCUAAUUAUUUGCGUAAUUACUACCGAUGGCUGUGAAUCAAGUUGACAACUUUAAUUGUUUCGUUUGAGAGUGUCGGCAGCAUAGUAAGGUGAGGACAAAUGCUAACAGACCAGUAGUUAUAUGCAAUAUUGAGGCAAAUAUACACAUCGUGUUCCCUUGCUUACUAUUUUGUAUGCACACCUCAGAGAACCACUGAUGCUACUGAUACAAGAGAUACUACAUAUAUAGCGGUGUGUGACGGGUUACAAUCCAUAUGAUGAGCACAAUCCUAACAAAUUUUUCACCUUUUUGCUGAAGAAUUUCGUGCGCUCACUGCAUAAAGUGGCAUGUGUCAAUUGAAUCUGCUCGACAAUUCGUUAGUUCUAAUAUCUUUUUUGUGUGGCACAUUAGUUCUAAAAUUUGUUCUCUCAAAGUAUUUUUCCCGUAAAAUUGCGUUCACAAAUUUGCAUAAAAGAAUAUUUAUCGACGAGAGUAUAAAUAAAACGAAAUUUAACUAAAACUAUAGUACUAAUGGAUAUUGAACUAGUAGAUGAUCUUGCCAUGGUAUAUACCACAUGGAGCAACACAAGAUGAAUAUGGUACACUAGCAUCUAUAAUUAUUAUUGACAACCAGAUAUUUAUUAUAUAUUACACACGACGUCCAAUUUACAAGGAUCACUAAUUUUUUCCCUAACUCAACGAUGAUAAACAACAAAAAGCAGUCAAA